AGUCCGUUGAAGUCAAUUAUGCAAGAGACAAUGAAUUUGUCCAAGAAGGAGAAGCUACGCAGGGAUGCCAGAAGAGGCAAGUGGUCUGAAGUAUUUGAAACGUACGAGAAAGAAAGGGCGCUUCGCACGACCAAGAUCACGGCGACAGGAGACACAGUGUUACACAUGUUGGUGUCUAAUGGGGAAGAGAAGAUGGUGGCAAACCUGGUGGACUUCUUAGUUCGAGAAGAGAAAGGUCUGAAAGCGCAGAAUAAGGAUGUGAUGGUUCCAGUGGAUGGAGAUGACGAAGAGACUCAGAACAAGGAUGAAGUGGUUCCAGUGGAUGGAGAUGACGGAGAGACUGAGAAUAAGGAUGUGGUGGUUCCAGUGAACGUCGUCCUUGGGGCUCAGAAUACGAGAAAGAAUACUCCUCUGCAUUUAGCAGCAUCAAUGGGGAAGGUUGAAAUAUGUAAGAAGAUCGGUCGUGCAGUGCCCUCCUUAAUUGCUAAACGCAACAUCGCCGGCGAGACACCCCUUUUCCUGGCGGCUCUUUGUGGCAAGAAAAAUGCUUUUCUUUGGCUUCAUUAUAUUUAUAGGUCAAGAUACCCUGAAGUUUCUCCAACCGACCACUGCAUAAGGAAUGACAAGGAUACUAUUCUUCAUUGCGCAAUUGCAGAAGGGCAUUUUGAUGUGGCAAUCGAAAUAGUUGACCUUUACGAAGAUCUCGUGAAAGCGACGAGUAUCAACAACGAAGGGUUGUCUCCACUCCACCUGCUAGCAGCAAUGCCUUCAGCUUUCAAAAGUUCUAGCCUCUUUGAUCGACCGUACAUUGAUUAUCUCAUUUACCAUCUUUUGCCAAUUAGGGAGAAGAAGGGUGCUACGAAGAUUCCUGACUUGGACGAAGAACACAAACCAAAUGUCAGUGAUUAUGUGCUCAAGCUUAUUAAUGAUAUAUGUUCACCCGGACAUGGUUACGAGUACAGAUUCUCUCCAACCUGGUCUGAAAAGGUCUUUGAUUGCAUAAUACUGGUCCUGCAUCACCUGCUGGAAAUUCUUGAACGAGGUGGAUGGAGAAAAUUGAAUGGGAUACGAAAAAAGAAGGAGAUGCACAAAUCGUCUGUCCAAAUAAUGAAUGCACUUCUUAAGGAUGCUUCCGAGUCAGCGAAUGGAACCCCGCUUGAAAGGUCUCCAACUUUUACCGAGUCGGUGUCAAGCGUGAAAAAUGGUGAAAAGAAAAUUGAGACGCCGCUAAUAAUCGCUGCAAAAAACGGUGUGAAAGAAAUGGUGGAGAAAAUUCUGGAAUUAUUUCCAUCAAGCAUUGAGGAUGUGAAUGACGAGGGAAAAAACAUAGUCCUAUUAGCAGCAGAAAAGAGGCAGACCAAAGUAUAUCAGUUUCUGUGCGAAAAGAAAAUCCUUAACGAAAAUCUAUUUCGGCAAGCGGAUAAAGAGGGCAAUAGUGCAUUGCAUUUGGCUGCCAGGCUUGGAGACGAGCCUUGGCUCAUUCCUGGAGAAGCACUUCAGAUGCAAUGGGAAAUCAAGUGGUUUAAUUUUGUGAAGGAUUCAGUACCCCCUCGUGUGUUUGCGAGAUACAACAAUAGCUAUGAAACCCCAUAUGACAUCUUCAGGGAAACCCACAAGAAUCUAGUGACAAGCGGCGGAAAGUGGCUGAGUAAAACCUCACAAGCUUGUUCUGUGGUAUCAACGCUGAUCGCCACGGUGGCCUUUUCCACAAUCGGCGAUCUGCCCCCGAAGUUCACCACCCCAACCCCAGAAAACAAGACAGGGUUCAAAUGGUUUGCUUCCUCAUCAUUGGUUGCCUUCUGCUCCUCCCUCAUCUCCACCUUCCUCUUCCUCUCUAUUCUCACCUCUCGCUAUCAGCCUAUAGACUUUCACAUGGAGCUUCCCAGGAGGCUUAUAUUUGGCAUGACCUUCUUGUUCCUCGCCAUUGCCAACAUUUGGCUCUCUUUCUGUGUUGGCCAUGCCUUCUUGCUUGAGCAACACUUCCGAAAUAGUUAUCAAAACAUUUAUAUCUUGGCUUCAGUGCUUGUCACUGUUUUUGUUUUGGAACAGUUUCCCUUGUACUUUGAUCUCAUCACUGCCAACUUUACCAAAGUUCCAUCCCCUAGCCACAAGGCCACCCCUGCAAUUGAGUACCGAUCCACCAAGAAAAAGGAAAAUAUUAACGGUGGUAGUACGGAUGGAAUUGAAACGACGAUCAAAUUAAAUUAACUAAGCGGAUGUCUUAUUGUUCAAACAAGACCCACCAUAUCAUCAUCACCUUUAGUUUUAGAAUCUUGUCUGUGAUUAAUAUGGUAUUGUUCUUUGCGUCUUGACUGCAAUAAAAUGUG